CAGACAUUUAAACAUGUGUAUAAUCUAUGCCACAGACUGUACGGUCUGUUUGUAAAUGUCAAACAAACAUUAGCGCAGUGUGUGUGUGAAACACGGUCGCACGGUUUAUUUUAUUCACUCAAGAAUACUUACUUAAAUGCUCAUACAUAACUGCAUCCGAUCAUUAUUUUAUCCCAUGUAGUUGGUUGCACUACCACAGUCUUGUUACAUCCGGCGGUGAUAGCACCAGUGCAAUGAAUCCCGUCUGCUAUAAUGGGGGGGCCCAUGAUAGACUUAUACAUGAGGCUGACCAGCUCAUUUCUCAUAUCGAGCGUGGUUCCAUGAUCCUGAAACUUUAUCCGCGUAAGCGGCCCGAGCGUCGUUCUCUGUCUGUAAGAAGAGAAACCCUACAAAUAAUAUGGGCUAGGGCAGGUAUUCCACCGAAGAAUAUGUUUGAGGGCGCGCUCGACAUACGUGACAUCAAGGAAGUGAGACUCGGCAAGGGUUCCAAACAUUUUGAGCGGUGGGCGGAGGAGGUGAAAAGGCUGGAAAGCUCCAAAUGUUUCACCAUCUAUUAUGGUUCUGAAUUCAAACUGCGCGCAGCUUCGUUUGCAGCUCAAACUGACAAGGAAUGUGAGGCCUGGGUAAAGGGAAUCAGGUUUCUAAUUGAGGAGGCAGUAAAUGCAUCAUACCCCUUGCAAAUUGAGAGAUGGCUGCGGAAGGAGUUUUAUGCUAUAGAAAAUGCUCAUGAAAACAUCUCAUUGAAGGAAGUGAAAGGAUUCCUUCCAAAAAUUAACUGCAAGAUAGCAACCAACAAGCUGCGGGAUAUAUUUCAAGAGGUGGACACAGACAAAAGGGGAGAAAUCGGUUUCGACGACUUCUCUAGCCUUUACCAGAAACUUAUUUUUGACGAAAAUAAUGUCCACGAUAUUUUUGAUAAGUACUCGUUGUACUGCAAGAAUGGCUCGACGAUUACAUUGCGUGAGUUCCAAAGCUUCCUCCGUGUGGAACAGCAUGACAGGCUUGGAGAUGACGAGGCCGUCGCCUCCCAGUUUAUACGAGAUUACCUGCGUGAUCCACAGAGGGAUAUCUAUGAGCCGUAUUUUACUCUAAAUGAGUUUGUUGAGAUGCUGUUCUCAAAACAAAACACCAUCUGGGACAGUAAACAUGACGCUGUGACGCAGGACAUGACGAGACCACUAUCCCACUACUGGAUAUCUUCAUCACAUAAUACGUAUCUAACCGGCGACCAAUUUUCGAGUGAAUCGUCUUUAGAAGCUUACGUUCGUUGCCUGCGCUCUGGGUGUCGAUGCAUUGAACUCGACUGCUGGGAUGGCCCGGAUGGAACUCCAUUUAUUUACCACGGCCACACACUGACUACCAAAAUAAGAUUUAUGGAUGUUCUGCGAACAAUAAAAGAACACGCUUUCGUGGCUUCCGACUACCCUUUGAUUUUGUCGAUUGAGGAUAACUGCACCUUGCCUCAACAACGUCGCAUGGCGACCGCUUUCCAAGAUGUCUUCGGAGACAUGCUGGUCGUCCAGCCUUUCGAUAAAAACGAGACUUGUUUGCCCUCCCCUGAAAACCUUCGCAGAAAAAUAAUUCUAAAGCACAAAAAGUUACCCGAAGGGGCGGAGGAAACUUCCUUUUCGUUUCGCCAAGAAGAAGUUAAGGAUUUGGAUUUGCGAAAUUCUAUCAAGAACGGCAUAUUGUUGCUCGAAGACCCGGUGGACAAGGAGUGGAAUCCGCACGCUUUCGUACUGACGGAAUCUAAGCUGUAUUAUACUGAGCAUUACAGCAAUCAGCAGGAGACUGAUGCAGAGAGUGAUGGAGAACCCGAAGCUGAAGCCCCCGUAGUGCCUCAGGAGGAGCUGCACUUCGGGGAGUGCUGGUUUCACGGCAAGCUCGCGGGGAAUAGGCAGGAGGCUGAGGAGCUGCUGAGGAACCACGCUCACCUCGGAGAUGGCACUUUCCUUGUUCGCGAGAGCGUUACCUUCGUGGGCGACUACUGUCUGUCCUUCUGGCGUCAGGGCAAGGUCAAUCACUGCCGCAUCAAGUUGAAGCAGGAGCGCGGUGUCACCAAGUACUACCUCAUUGACACCGUCUGCUUCGACAGUCUCUACAGCUUGAUCACACAUUACAGGCAGCAUCCAUUGCGUAGCCAGGAGUUCUUGAUAACGCUAAGGGAACCUGUACCUCAGCCAAAUAAGCACGAAGGCAAGGAGUGGUUCCACCCGUUCUGCACUCGGGCUCGGGCAGAAGAGUUACUGCGCAAGGCCAACACCGACGGCGCCUUCCUAGUCCGGCCCAGCGAGAAGGACAACUCUUCCUUUGCUAUAAGUUUCAGGACGCAAAGAGAGAUAAAGCACUGCAGGAUUAAGCUCGAAGGGAGACUGUACACUAUCGGCACGGUGAGGUUUGAGAGCUUGGUUGAGCUGGUCAGCUACUACGAGAAGAAUCCUUUAUACAAAAAGGUUACGCUGUGGCUGCCCAUCAGCGAAGAACUUGUUAGGCGUAUCAUUGCCGAGCCCGACGAUAACACGGUGUACGGGACCCCUGGCUACAUGGAUCCGACAGCUUUCACCUCAAAGGUGACUGUGAAAGCUCUGUAUGACUACCGUGCGCGCCUGGACGACGAGCUGUCGUUCUGCAAGCAAGCUAUCAUCACGAAUGUGGACAAGCCGGACGGAGGCUGGUGGCGCGGAGACUACGGCGGCAAGAAACACCACUGGUUCCCAGCUAACUACGUGCAGGAAAUAGAGGUUCCGCACAUUCCCGACGGCCCAGGUCUCGAGAACGAAACCGCAGCUUUGGGCUCAUUACAGAAAGGCGUCGUAGACGUGCUAGGCGCUGUGGUGGAACUGGUAGUGGGUGAGGAGGGCGGCGCGCCGCGCUGGCUGGUGCGCAUACAGAGCCCGCAGAUGUGCGGCCCCUUCGACAUGGCCGCGCCCACCCGCGAGAUAGCCCUCGAAUGGCUCACCGCCAUCAAAGAGGCAGCCAUAAGUGCCAGUGCCCGCUCCCUCCAACAUAAAAAGAUGGAACGCACAUGGAGAAUUGCUAAAGAAAUGUCCGACUUGAUAGUCUAUUGUCGCUCCGUCACUUUUAAUCAGGAGCGUAUCCGCAACAAGGGCUUCAUAUUCAAUGAGAUGUCUUCGUUCCCUGAAACCAAAGCCGAGAGGCUGAUGUGCCAACAGGAGACUCCAUUCUUCCUCAAGUAUCAUACCAAACAACUGAGUCGCAUUUACCCGAAAGGGCAGAGGAUAGACUCGUCGAACUACAACCCAGUUCCAUUCUGGAACGCUGGCUCUCAGAUGGUAGCUUUGAACUAUCAGACCCCGGAUAAGCCUAUGCAAAUUAAUAUGGGAAAGUUCAAAGAGAAUGGUGGAUGCGGUUACGUCUUGAAGCCUGAAUUUAUGUUCGAUGAAGGCUACAAUCCAUACGUAAAGAAAAGUAUUGAGAAAAAAGUGAAGCCUAUGAUAGUGAUGCUGCGCUUAAUCGGGGCCAGGCACCUCAUAAAGACUGGACGUGGAACUACCAGUCCGUCUGUAGAAGUCGAAAUUAUUGGGGCGGAAUAUGACUCUGGCACUAAACUCGUUACAAAGACAGUUGCUGAUAACGGCCUAAACCCGAUUUGGAACGAUAUUUGCGAAUUUGAAGUGUCAAAUCCCGACCUGGCACUUAUCCGUUUCCUAGUUCAAGAUGAGGACAUGUUUGGCGACCGAAACUUCAUAGGACAGGCGGUGUUUCCAAUAACAUGCCUGCGAUCUGGUUACCGAAGCGUGCCCUUGACUAACGCUUAUUCAGAGGAACUAGAGCUGUCGUCGCUGAUGGUCCAUAUAUCUUUCAUCGUUGGCAAAUAGACGAAUUAGUAAAUAUAUUCCCCUACAGCUGGGCAUGAUGUUUGUAGCCAAAAAUUUUCAGGAUAUGUGCAGUGAGGUAAAAAAUAAUUAUUUCACUAAUGGAAACUUAGUAGAGAGGCAAAAUUAUUAUAUUUUACUAAAUAUUUAUAAUCGUUUAAAAAGUUAAUGUUAUACAUUUACGAAGCGUGUACAAUAUGAUGUAAUAUUGGCUUAUAUAAUGUAUAAUUAUAUUAUUUAACUACAUGGUGAAGUAGGACUAGACUAAUGGGAGUAGGAUUAUUAAUAAGUUAAUUGUGUCAGUGUCCAUUGUAGUGAACAGGAGUUCAUGCUUCACAAAGUAUUAGCACAUCACUAACUUACAUUGUACCUUACAUUGUUUACUUUUCUAGCAGUCUUUCUGCUUUACAAAAUCUACAGAAAAUUUAUAGAUGAUUCAUAAUCAUUUUUGUUCAUAAAACAUUAUUUUAUAUACACAAUUCUGACCCGGUGUUACAACUAAAGCACUCAACUAGUGUAGGUCGUAUUUAUAUAAUAUUUAAUAUUUUACAUGUAUAUUGCACCUUGAAAACAAGGUUUAUCAAAAUUUUUAAAACCUUGAUGGAUUUUCUCGAAUAUUUUAUGUAAAUUUGAUCUGACUGAUCUGAAUGGUUGCUAUUUUAGCCGGCUGCUAUUUUGGCAGCUCAUAAAAGGGCCGGUGCCAAACUCCUUUACACAUAGUUUUACAAGAAAAUGAGUGCUAUGGCGGUGCUUGAACCAAAUGAACUAACACUACAUUAUCUAUGAAUAUUUAAGAGUAUAAAAAAAGUCUAUUGCACGUUUGUGGCGAAAGUUCAAGCCCGUAUAUCGUGAAGUGAUAAGAGUGCCUAACAUACUAAUUUAUUUGAAGUUUGAAAACAUGGUCUUCCACCUUAAAUUAAAGUCUCGUCUUCCUACUUUUUAGAUUGUCUAUACUAAACUAAGAAUAUUAACAAACUGAAUUCUUACUUCGGCUAUUGCCAGUUAUUUAAUAACUUUUAAUUUGAUUCCCAAAUCAAACUAAUAAUUCUAAGGGAGGUCAUGUUUAUACAAUGGUGUUUAGGAAUGCAAAGAUAGCAUAAUAUAAGCUUGCUAAGACUGAUUGAGGUGAACACUAUAAAGUGAAAAGAAAGUGAGAAUUUUAAACUCUUUUACAAUUCCAAAGAUUGGGAUUAAAACCAAUAUACUAUUAUUAUGCAAACUCGAGGAACGAAUUAUCGUUUUUAGUUUGUAAAAAUCACAGAAAUCGAUUAAUAAGCAGGACUUUAGUCAAUAUCGAUUCUUUGUAGAAAUAUUUGACACGAAAUAAUCACAAUUACAUUUUAAUCAAUUAUAUUUAUUAAUGAAUAUGAUUUUUUAUCUGUAGCAUAAUUUAGAUAACGCGUAUACAAUUUCCAAAUAUUUAGUUUAGUUGAAGUAUCAUCAAGAAAUAAAAACGUUGAGUGGAUCUUUGAUACAUCUCAUCAUACCAUUUUAUAUAGGUAUUAGAUUUUUAGCAUAAUAUGAACUGUUGAAAAUGUAUGUAUUGCAAUACACUUACAGUAGUAUUUAAAUGUUUUCAACAAAGUACUAUACCCAUACACAAUAUUUUUUAAUAUUAUUAUUGAAUGGUUUAAUAGUUAGUAGCAGGUGAAAGCAAGCUCUGGCAAUAGGGGACGCGAUUCGAUGCACAAAGCAGCUUUUAUAGCGAUACUAAUUUAUUGAGAAAAUCUAGCUUACGCAAAGUAUCAAAAUUGAGCAGAACUUCUGAUUCCUCAGUCCAUUGCCCGUGUAAUAUGCUGAGCAAUUUUAAAAAUAAAUUUAAACGCUUCCGAAAGUCACACAUAUGAUGUACGAAUAGUAAUUUUCGUCCGAAUCGACAAAUAAUAGAGAUCGGUCGCUAAUUAUAAUAUUUUAUUAGUUAGUAAAAUAAUUUGAAAUGUUUUUUUUAAGAUAAUAUUCUAAUAAAAUACAUCGAAAAUAUAGUAAAAUAGAUAAAAUACACAAUUAUCUAAACUUCCCCUCUUCCUUACAAUUUACAAACAUAUUAUUGUAUGAUAUAAAAAUCACAGACUAAUGAUGGGAAUGCAAUUAUUUUAAGUACGCAUUUACAAUUUUAAUUAUGACUAAUGCAUUUACAUAAUUUUAUAGUGCAAUAUAUUAUUGAAAUCAUUUUAUUACUGAUAUAUUUAAAUAAUUGGUAUACUUUGUGAGGUUUACAAAUAACUUGGUUUAUUGGUCUGUUAUUUUAUUUGGAACUAUGAAAUUAUUGAUUUUCAAUGUUAGUUGACAUAAGGUAUACUGUGCUCUCCUAUAUUUGUAAUUAAAUUCAUUAUAAUUAUACUUGUAAUGGAUAAAGGUUUUUAAAUCUUUAAUUUUACAUCACUUAUUGACUGAUUGUAAUGUUUGUGUGUGUUACUAUGUAAUACUUUCUUAUAUGUUUUUGCAGAAUUCUAAUCAUUGUAGAAUUGAUGAAAAUAACUACAUAUAUUUUUUACAUUGUACGAAAUGUUAGCUUCAAUAUUUAUUCAAAGUCAAAAUCAUUUAUUCCAACUAAACCAUAAAAAGGUAUUUUUGAAGUUGUCAGUCUGUUCGUCAGUGAAGCUAGGUGCUCUUUCCAAAUUCGAAUGGAGUAAAACGAGCAAGAAACUCCAUAUUUUUUUUUUACUUAAGUCUACUUAAUAUAAACAAAAACUGUUCUAACUAAAACUAUCUGCACCUAAUAAGGCAUUCUUGGUGUAGCAAGUUUAGCCUUAUUGACUAAGCCAGCA